CAGGACCACGGUACCCAGUACCCACCCACAGCACCACGGUACCCAGUACCCACCCACAGCACCACGGUACCCAGUACCCACCCACAGCACCACGGUACCUAGUACCCACCCACAGCACCACGGUACCCAGUACCCACCCACAGCACCACGGUACCCAGUACCCACCCACAGCACCACGGUACCCAGUACCCACCCACAGCACCACGGUACCCAGUACCCACCCACAGCACCACGGUACCCAGUACCCACCCACAGCACCACGGUACCCAGUACCCACCCACAGCACCACGGUACCCAGUACCCACCCACAGCACCACGGUACCCAGUACCCACCCACAGCACCACGGUACCCAGUACCCACCCACAGGACCCGACAACACCACAGUACCACGGUACCCAGUACCCACUCACAGGACCCGACAACACCACAGGACCACGGUACCCAGUACCCACCCACAGGUCCCGACAACACCACAGGACCACGGUACCCAGUACCCACCCACAGGACCCGACAACACCACCGUACCACGGUACCCAGUACCCACCCAAAGGACCCGACAACACCACAGCACCACGGUACCCAGUACCCACCCACAGGACCCGACAACACCACAGCACCACGGUACCCAGUACCCACCCACAGGACCCGACAACACCACAGCACCACGGUACCAAGAGUCCAUAACCCCCCAGAGUGUGCAACUUGUGAUCCUUCUCAGCACAAAUCAGUGCCGCAACGAAAUCCAAACUUCAUACGUCAUGUAGUGAGUAGCUAUGACGAAAUGGGAAGUUUGGCCCGGACCUACUUCGCCCGUUUGCCCAAUUUGGGGUCUUUCUUUACGAAUCCACGGCCAGGUAUUGUACGUAACACGCCUGGAAAGGCUCAAGUACACAAAGAAUUAUUUUAGAGUUGUCGCACAGUUUUCUCUUUUGAGUGUCUCUCCGAUAAGAGAAGAACAAUGGCCACUGUUGAACCUAAAGCAAAGCGCUCCCCAUUGUCGCCGGAGUGCAGUGUCUCUGUGGACGAUAUUCGUCAGUUUUUGCUCGAUCUGGGCUCCUCAUUUUCUUCUCUCGAUUGUCAAGUGUUGGAAAUUGUUAAUUCUUCCAGCACCUGGAUAGAGAUUUAUUGCUCGAAGUCUGUGCUUCUCACAUGCAAUGGAACACCCGUCAAUUUGAACCGUCUGGUUGUGAACCCAGCAGGAACAUUCACUUUCGAGUGUCUCUUUGGUGGGCGAACGGAGGAGGGAGAGUGUGCCGAUGAUUUGGAUACGCUUACUCCGUAUUUGGAAAGCAUGCUACCUUCAUCGGACAUGAAGUUCUGCCCUGGGAUAGCUGACUAUGAGAAGCAAUUCGAGUCAGUACGUUUCCACACGAAGAAUUUGAGGAAGUGGACGUUUCCUUUUGUUCGCUUUGACAGCGAACACUGUUCUGUAUGGCACAACGCAGGUCGAACUUUGCCACUUGAGGAGAAGAACUCCCCCAUUGUACCAUGCAAGGCUUGCAAAGCACUACAGCAUGACCUGGAGCGGCUGGUGAAAAGGGCAACUGAAAGAACCCAAGAUGACAAGGCUGCAAGAGUGUCAGCAUCCUCCACUGUGCCCCUGAAGUAUCUGUCCCCUCACAGCCAUUCGGUGCAUGCUCGCAAUAAAUCAGAGGUUUAGCGGAUCACGAAGCGGCAGUUGGCUCGCUUGGAACAGUUUGACUUUGAACUAUGUGAGGAACAGUCUUCGGAACUGUCUGCUGUAUGCCAGGACAUCAGUUCCAGCUUUGCACCAGACCUGGAGGGAAUUUUUGAGGAUGCUGGAGAUGAGGCCGACAUUUUACGGGCUGCUUGGCAUUCCGAUGUUGUGGCCCGGGAGCAGUUCAACAAGGACCAGAAGCGAAACGCGUCUGGGUCCAAGGGCAACAGGUGGAGUAUGAUAACUUACCGGCUUGCUCUGGCCGUCUUCACCCGCAGUCCCGCAGCCUAUGAAGCCUUGAAGUCUUUUGGGAUUUUGCAACUACCAAGUGUGCGCUCUUUGAAGCAUUUUACGGGAGCACAUUUGGAUAACCCCGGGUGGUGUGAAGACAACAUGGUCUUCCAACUGCAGAAGUACAGUAACUUCAAGAAGGUGGCCGAAGCUGAGCAGCGGUUAGUCCCCACCGGAGAUGGUGUGAUGGUCUUUGACGAGGUCAAAGUUGUUUCCAAAGUUCUGUGGAACUCAAAAAGUCAGCAGAUAUAUGGUCUGUCCAUGACCAGUGAUGACCUGUCCAGCCUGAGCUGCCUCCAUGAUGUAUAUACAGACUUGAAGGAUGAGAAAACGGACCGCACUGAGUAUAUACUUCAGACCCUAUGGCGGGACAUGUCGGAAAGUUUUGAUAUCAUUGGGCCCUACUACACCGCUGCCAAGACUCUGGAUGCCAAGUUCACUUUGGCCUGUGUAAUGGAUACACUGCGCCUUUUCCAUGCGUAUGACUUCAAGGUCAGUGCUUUGGUCUGUGAUGGUGCUUCAACGAACAUGGCCAUGAUCAAGUCUAUGAUGGGAAAAAGUGGUUCAUUCGGCAUGCAAGAGGAGGAGGGUCCGAAUCGACAUGACAUAAGGGCCUCGGUGGAACAUCCAGUUUGGGCAAAUCAUCGACUAUUUUUCAUCAUUUGCCCAUCCCACCAGCUCGAAAACAUGGUUAAUGCUUUGAGCUCGUCGUCUCAUGGUGGAGCUAAGGCAUUUGUCACCCAGGAAGGUGUUCCUUUUGGAUGGCAGACUAUUAUAGACAUGUACCAACGGGAGUGUGCCAAGAUGAGAGCAGGCGAGCCUCGCGAUGUGCCACAUCUCCGUAAGAACUUUGUUUAUAGGGACUCCUGGACUAAGUUGAAUGUUUUGCCAGCCAAAAUCAUGCAGCAGGAGAAAGUUCUGACCGAACUUGCUGUGCACUGCCUUAGCCAUCCUGCCGAUGUAGCAAAUGUUCAAGCAUCCCGGCAGUACCUUCUUGCUUGCAGCAAACUAUUUGAGGAAGGCACACUCUCCCAUGCUCCAGUACGCAGCCCCACAUGUACACCACUGCAGUCCAUCAAGUCAGGGUAUGCAUUCUUUGAGUCAUGGCUGAAUGGACUUUUACUGGACCCAGCCUUCACUGCCUCCUCUCCAAAGCAGACCUCAUUCUUGUCGUGGCAAACAUGGGACCUCCUCAGGAUAAUGUGCUUUGGCUUCGUGGAGUUCUGUGAGGACUAUGUCACACGUCAUCCAGGAUACUACAUUGUGCCAGUGAGAGUAUCGGGCAGUGCUGUGGAGACAUUGUUUUCCCAGCUUAAGCAUUCUGCCGGAGGCCGUUUGUCUGCAGUUAAUUACAGUACAGCCCGCGCAUCUUUGGCUUUGCAGCGCAACCUUCAUCCAGUCCAUGCAAGUGGCAAGGACUACCGUGAUGCUGCACUUGACUAUGAAAGUGUGCCACUACGUAGGAAGAAGUAAGCACAGACAGGCAUGUCACCUUUCAGGAGCUCGUGUUUUCUUAUUGUUUGAGGUGGGUUUGUCCCCUUGAAUAGCCUCAUUUUUUCUUAUUAUUUGAGGUGGGUUUGUCCCCUUGAAUCGGCCUCAUUUUUCAUAUUUUUUGAGGUGGGUUCGUCCCCUUGCAUAGCCUCAUUUCUUCUUAUUAUUUGAGGUGGGUUCGUCCCCUUGCAUAGCCUCAUUUCUUAUUAUUAUUUGAGGUGGGUUUGUCCUCUUGAAUAGCCUCAUUUUUCCUAUUAUUUGAGGUGGGUUUGUCCCCUUGCAUAGCCUCAUUUCUUAUUGUUUGAGGUGGGUUUGUCCCCUUGAAUCGGCCUCAUUUUUCCUAUUGUUUGAGGUGGGUUCGUCCCCUUGCAUAGCGUCUUAUUUUCUGAUCAUUUAAGGUGGGUCCAUCCCAAGUGACUGAAGCCAUUUAUGCAUCUAUGGAGCGUGUGCACCAUUGUAUAUAUUCCUUUGCCUUUUUGCAUGCGUCCCUCCUGGAGAGUUGGGCGUGGUUGUGCGCAUCACUUGCUGUCCUUUGCAUGCUUGUCCGGUGGUUACCGCGAUGGGCCUAUGCCACAUGUGCACUGCUGUAUAUAUUCCGUUGCUCUUUUGCAUGCAUCCCUCCUAGAGCUGUAUAUAUUCUGUUGCCUUUUUGCAUGCAUCCCUCCUAGAGCUGUAUAUAUUGAUAAUUCUGUUGCCUUUUUGCAUGCAUCCCUCCUGGAGCUGUAUAUAUUCUGUUGCCUUUUUGCAUGCAUCCCUCCUGGAGCUGUAUAUAUUCUGUUGCCUUUUUGCAUGCGUCCCUCCUAGAGCUAUAUAUAUCCCGUUGCCUUUUGCAUGUGUCCCUCCUUGAGGGUUUGGCGUGGUGGUGUGCGGUACUCGCUGCCCUUUGAAUGCUUGUCCAGUUGUUUCCACGAGGGGCCUAUGAUACGUGUGCACCACUGUAUGUAUUCCAUAUGUUUACAAGGAUCAUGGUGUUACAGCUUCGGCUUCAUCUACGGCAAACCUCAUUGUUUUGUGCCUGUUUUGUUGUGUGUUGUGAUGGACUGUGCGAGAAAGGAUGAGUCUGCCAAUGAUUUUCAUCAAGAGUCCAUA